AUAAUAUUAUUAAAAAAUAAUAAAUUUUUCUUCAAAAAUUUCUCAUUCUCUUCUGUUUCUUACUGUUAUAUUUCACCUGUAUCGCUGCCUAUCGCUGCUUGUUCUUCUUCUAGGAAACAAUAAUGGUGACUGUGGAUGAAGUUCGCAAGGCUCAACGUGCCGUGGGCCCUGCCACGGUCUUGGCCAUUGGCACCGCCACCCCUCCCAAUUGCGUCCACCAAAGCACCUACGUAGACAGCUACUUCCGCGUCACUAAUAGCGAGCACAUGGUAGAACUCAAGGAGAAAUUUCGGCGUAUUUGCAAAAGAUCCAACAUCGAGAAGCGUUAUAUGCACUUAACGGAAGACAUGUUCAAUGAGAACCCUAAUAUAUGUUCAUACAUGGAACCUUCCCUAGGUACUAGGCAAGAUAUUUUGCGCGUGGAGGUACCAAAGUUGGGCGAAGAAGCAGCUGUCAAAGCCAUCGCAGAAUGGGGCCAGUCCAAGUCCAAAAUCACCCACCUUCUGUUCUACACAAGUUUCGGUGGUGUAGAAAUGCCCGGAGCUGAGCAUCAGCUAAUCAAUCUAUUAGGUCUCCACCCAUCUACUCAACGCGUCGUGAUCUGCCAAUUAGGAUGCCAUGCUGGUGGCACUGUACUUCGCGUGGCUAAAGACCUAGCAGAGAACAACAAAGGGGCUCGUGUCCUGGUUGUCUGCUCAGAGAUUAGUGACGUCGUUUCAUUUCAUGGACCUAGUGAAAGUUGCCUGGAUAACCUUGUCGGUCAGGCCUUAUUUGGUGAUGGUGCGGCAGCAGUUAUUGUUGGUUCGGACCCAAUACCUGAAAUUGAGAAGCCCUUGUUUCAAUUGGUAUCAACAUCCCAAAGUAUCAUACCAGAGAGUGAUGGAGCAAUUACCGCUAGUAUGCAAGAAGCUGGGAUUAUAUUCCACCUCGACAAGUGUAUUCCUAAAAUAGUCUCCAACAAUAUUGAGAGGAGCCUAGUGGAGGCAUUCGAGCGUUUAGACAUCAUAGAUAGGAACUCCAUUUUUUGGAUUGUGCACCCAGGCGGUCGAGCUAUAUUGGACGAAGUGGAGGCCAAGUUGGGUCUUAAUCCUGAAAAGCUGCGAGCUUCAAGACAUAUUUUGGCUCAGUAUGGCAACAUGUGGAGUGCAUCUGUGCUAUUUGUCUUGGAUGAGAUGAGGAAGAAGUCAGCCGAAAAUGCACUCAAAACUACAGGAGAAGGAUUUGAGUGGGGCGUGCUCCUUGGGUUUGGACCUGGGAUAACAGUUGAGACAGUGGUCCUCCAUAGUGUGGCUAUUUAAUUAAAUAGCAUAUUGCUCUUAAUCAAGUUUCUAGUGAAUAAAGUGAAGAUCUUAAUUGAUACCUUGAGCUAUCAAGGAUACAAGAGUGAGUCUUUGUAUUGUGCAAGUUGUUAAGUAUCGAUUUUUACCGUUUGUAAUUUGGUUUAUGGAAUUUAAUUUGUACUUUAAUGUGUUGAUAUUAUCAAUAACUGUAUGUUUUGGUU